AUGGCGCAGCAGGGCGAGACCAGUCGACGGCAGAGCAGCAAGACGCCCGAGGCCACUUCCUCUUCAAGAGGCUCUCCGUGGUCUCGAGCAAUGGAGAGGCAGGAAUCAUUGACAGAGGAAGAGGCAAUGUGGAUGAGAACGAGGGAAGAGCAACAUCACGAUGCGCCCAGCGAGGCGCCGACACCUGCGGCUACCGACGUUCCAGAGACGCCACUACCUUUGCCUGGGAUGGAGGGGUCUUCAACACCAGCUGGGAGAGCAACGAAUCUCGAUGCAGAGGACGAAGAUGUGAGGAUAGCAAUCAUGGCGCUUGGAGCCAUGAAGCAUCUGGAUGGGAGGAGCGGGGGAGAUCCAGCAGGAGGAGCAGGAGGAUCGCAUCAUCAGCAGCAGCAUCGUGCAGCAACGCGGCAAAGAGAUGGUAGCAACGCCUCCCACACUGCAGGCUCAUCCAUUGUGUCGACGUCGUCCGUGAACUCGACCGCCAUCUCGUCGCCCAUCUCUACACCGCUCACCGAGUCGAUCACCACUCCAGACUGCAGCGUCACCUCUCAAGCACACUUUGGCGGCGGCAGCAGCAGCAGCAGCGUAGCCGGGGCCAGCACAAGCAGCAAUGCCGGCGCUGAUGCAACACAGUCCUUCAAAAGGGCGGCUACUCUCGCCGACUUGCCGCCUGACUUUGAAUUUCCUGCCAUCAUCCAGGACGAAGAUGGGAAUGAGGUAGAGGUGGAUCGCGAGAUGAUGAAGGAUGCGGAUUUCCUCAAUAGGGUCAGCCACCUGCCAAUGGUCAGGGGAACGUUGCGCGCCUACGAGAUUGGCAAGCAGAAGAGCAAGAUUGUAAAGUACGGAGGCGACCUCGUCGAAUCCUCAGUCAAGGCCAUCUCACGCCCCGUCGUAGACCGGCUGGGCGCAUCGCUAGGCGGCAAGGGCAAGGAACAGCUCGACGACUUUGCUUGUCGCCAGCUAGACCGCCUUUAUCCACCAGGCAAUGCUGCAGAGAAGCAAGUUAUGGCCGAGUUGGACGAGCGAGAGCGGACAGAGUGGGCGCACAUGGACGACGAGGAGAGGAUGAAGCGUCGUAAAGCGUAUUGGGCACUGCAUAUGGAGGAGAAGGAGAGGGAGAUGGUCGUCAACGAGCUGCGGCAGCGCAAGGGGAAGGGAAGGGCUGAAGGGAGCGAAUCGACGCUCCAACCGCAGACGUCGCUCUCGUCAUCAAGCGCCCUCGCUUCAACAUCGGCUCCACUCACCGGCGCUUCAGCAACGCGUUCCUCCGUCGACGACGGCCGGGCCGCUUCGGGUCGUGCCCUCGUGGAGCAGGCCACAAAGAAUGGCACAGGAAGCAGGUGGGGCUCAAUGCUAGUCGAGGCAGGCGCGACGGCCGGCGGCCUCUCAGCGGCAAUGAGUGAGGAAAGCAUGAAGUCACUCAAGUACUGCCUGCAGUGGUUGCAAUACGCAACAGCGCACAUCGAGCACCAGAUUACCGUGCUCCGCGACCUCAUCGUCAAGCUUAAUCACGGAGAGCUCGAGCUUACGUCCCCGGCGGCGCAAAACUUGUCCCAGAUCAAGGGGGACGUGGUCACGACCAUCAGGAGCGUGGUGGAUGUAGUGGGCAGGUACGCGGGAGGAGCACUGCCAGAGCCGGCGCGCGUUAGCGUCAAAGCCUUCAUUCUCAGCCUGCCAGCGAGGUGGGCAACGGUCAACCGCGCUCCAGCGACGAGCUCGUUUGGGGGCAGCCCGGCAAGUCCCUCCUUCUCGCCCGCGCAUGGGACGCCUCGAAGCGGCAGCAACGGCGGCCCAUCGUCCACUCCAUCGGCAUCGCAGGACCUCACAUCCGCCGCCGCCACAGCUCAAGCUGCAAAUCGCGUACUCACCCUCGCAGUCGAGUCGCUGGACAUCUUGCGCUCCGUGACAGUCGUCGUCGGAGAGUCGCUCGAUCGGGCUGAUCUCUGGGUUGAGCGCCUGCGAAUGUUGGGCCUACAGAGGAAGCGUCAGCACGAGCACGAGGUGACUGGAGGUGCGCCUCACAGCAUCGAGGCUCCUGGAGGAAGUGCCCCGCAUUGGGAGAGUGCGAGGGGCUUGUCGAGCUACCGCCGGGGCUCUGUCGGUGCGGGAUCAGAUUUGUCCAUGGACACGUCUGCUUCGACGAAGAGGAGGAGGAUGCGCGCAAUCGAGGGGGGCGCUGGGCCUGUGAUGGAAGAGGGCGCUCACCAUUCGCAGCUGGCUGGCACGCCCAUCGCAGGAGCGGGGAGCGCCAUGGGUGCAGGGAGCACUUCUGUAGCGUACAAGAGCGGCGGCGCGGGAGCAGGUUCGACGAAUACGGCGGCCAGUCGAAGGCGCAGGGGUGUUCCAAUGGCUUCGCAGAGGAGCUCCGGUGGGCCAACGCAGGGUGGGGGCGCUUCGACGCCGAGUUUCGAGUUCAGGCGGGAGCUGCCUUGA